GGGUUUCCCUCGCCUCAAACCUCCCGCCUCUUAAGAAGGACCUCUACAAUUUUUCUUCUUCCUUCAGAAAUCUUUCUGCUCCAGCACUUCCUCUUUGCUCAGCAAAAAUUUGCAGGUAAGACAUGGUUAAGCAUAACAAUGUUGUGCCCAGUUCACACUUCAGGAAGCACUGGCAGAACUAUGUGAAAACUUGGUUUAACCAACCUGCCCGCAAGACAAGGAGACGCAAUGCUAGACAAAAGAAGGCUGUGGCAAUUUUUCCAAGGCCAACCGCUGGACCGCUUCGACCUAUUGUUCAUGGGCAAACCUUGAAGUACAAUAUGAAAGUCAGGGCUGGCAGGGGAUUCUCUCUUGAGGAGCUGAAGGCAGCAGGUAUUCCCACAAAACUUGCUCCAACAAUUGGUAUUGCUGUUGAUCAUCGUCGCAAGAACCGUUCUUUGGAAGGUUUGCAAGCCAAUGUCCAAAGGCUCAAGACUUACAAAGCCAAGCUAGUCAUUUUCCCAAGGAGGGCCAAGAAAAUCAAGUCUGGUGAUUCAAGUCCUGAGGAACUUGCCACUGCCACUCAAGUCCAAGGUUCAUACAUGCCUAUCACCAGAGAGAAGCCAACCGUGGAGCUUGUCAAGGUCACACAAGAGAUGAAGUCAUUUAAAGCCUACGACAAGUUGCGUCUUGAGCGCACGAAUGCGCGCCAUGUUGGUGCUCGGUUGAAGAAGGCUGCUGAAGCAGAAAAGGAAGAAAAGAAAUAAGCAGUUCGAAUGUUCUGAUGUUCAGAUUACUGAUAGCAAUACUCUUCCCCUUUUUGAUUAAUCAGGAUGUGCAAUUUUGGAUGUUUAUCGCGAUUAGACACCUAUGUUUUGGUUGAAUUCUUCCAGUUUAAGUUACCAUCUGCUUUGCUUGAAUUCGAGCCUUUUUAUGAAUGCUGUUGAAGGUUUACUUGUGCA